AUGAAUAAUAGGAAAGACGAGUGCCCAGGUCAAGACGAUCACAAUUUAAAUAAUCAAAAUUAUAUAAUAAAUGAAAAUAGUUAUAAUGCAGAAAUGAAUCAAAACAGUGAAUAUAAAGAAUCAUUAAUUAAUUUUAAUAAUUAUGAGAGUCAUAAUGGUAUGUAUAUGGGUCAUGAAAAUGAAACAAAUAAUAAUCCAAAUGGUGGGAAUAAUUCCUUUUACUAUCCUCAAAUAAAUAAUAUUCAUAAUGAAAAUAAAAAUAACAUUCCAAGAGAUAAUACAAAUUUGUAUGGUAGCAACUUUGAUAAUAGCGAGCAGAAUAGUAAUGCAUAUAUGGGGUAUGAAAAUGUAAAUAAUCCAAAUAUAAGAAAUAUUAAUAACGAAAAAAAUUCUAUAGAAAUAAGAGACAACAUUACAGCAAAUGGAAAUAACAAUCAAACUGAUUUUAAUGAAGGAAUAAAUUUUUAUAAUCCUUCAUUACAUGAUGGAAAAACAAAUUUUAUACAAUUUCAAGGAAAUAAUAAUGUAGGAUCUGAUAUGAAUUUACAACAUGGAUCCAUACCAAAUGUGAUACUAAAAAAUAGUAAUGAAAAUUCUGAUCAAAAAAAUUAUCUUAAUUUUCGAAAUAAUUUAACUAAUGAUGAUAAAAAUGGUUAUAAAGAAAAUAAUAAUUUUAAUUAUAAUAUAAAUUUGAAAAAAAAAAAAAAUGUAACUUUCAAUAAUGAAAAUGAUGUAUAUAAUAUACCAAACAGAGAAGGAAACAAAAGUAAUGCUUCAUAUGAAAAUGAAGGUAGCAAUAAUAAUAAAGGGACAUACAAUUUAGUGACUUUGAAACAAAGCAAUAAUAAUUAUAACAUGAAUAAUAAUUAUAUUGAAUAUGAUAUGAAUAAUACAGAAAAUGGGAUUAACCCGAUAGGUAAUAAUCCAGAUGGCUGUGGUAUUACUAAAAAUGAAAAUCCAAAUGAUAUGCCAAAUUUAAAAAAAAAUGAAAACCUUUUGAAUGGAACAGGAGAUGGAAAUAAUUUAUUAAACUUAAAAAAUGAAAAUACAAAUAAUUUAUAUAAUAAUAUGCAAACAUAUGCAAAUAAAAACGGGAAAAAAGAAAAUUAUAUGCCAACCCAAUUUAAUAAUUCACAAAAUUCGAAUAUAAAUAAUAUGAGCAGUCAUAGUUCCUUUAAUAAGUCUGCAAAUUUUGGCCAAGCUAACUUAAACAGAGGGAUGGGAAUGACAAGUCCAAAUAACAGAAAUGGUGGAAAAGGUUUUAGAUCAAACCCUUUAGAAAAUAUUAGUGAAGAAGAUUUAAAAAAUCAUUUUGUUUUUAGAUACCUUAAAAAUAUAGAUGAAAUAUAUGAGACUAGAGAAAGAAAUGAAAAAUAUGAAGAUAAUAUAACAACAAUUAAAGAGAGCGAAAUUAAUGAUAGUAUUCAUGCAUUUAUUCAAACCCCUUUUGAUGAAUCUGAUAAUUAUGUUAAUAAUUAUUAUAAUAUUUUAGAAUUACUUUAUAAUUCUAGUAAAAAAAAAAAAAACAUUGAUGACAAACGAGUCAGGGCAUUAUUAUAUAUAUUUAAAUAUAUGAAAAAUACACAAAGAAAAAAAGUAAAAGCAAAAGGAAAGAUAAAAAAUAAACAAGCAUAUUUAUUUGAUGAUACAGAGUUAAAAAAACUUAAUAAACAAGUUGAUUUGUAUAUGGAUUUUGUAAAAAAUAGGGAAUACAAAAAUGACUUAUUUAUUCAGUUUAAUAAUAACUUUGAUGAAACAAAUUUUGAUAACUCAAAAGAUGAAAUGGAAAAUUAUACAACUACAAAAAAUAUUACAGCACAUUUUGAAAAAAAAAAAUAUAUAGAAAAUCUGAUAAAAAAUAAAUCAAAUUUAUAUUAUAAACCUUUAAAAAAAACACAAACACAUAUUAACAAUUUUUAUUUUAAUCAUUCAUUAAAAAAAGUUGAUUAUUUACAUAAUUUAUUAGUAUAUAUAAAUUUUAUAAUUUUAAAAUAUAUUUGUAUUUUUUCACAAACUGAAUGGAAUGUUCUCCUUUUUCAAGACAUUGCAAAUUAUAAUUUUCAAAAUUGUUAUGCUGAAGAUAAGCCAGUUAAUGUAAAUGAGGAUGUCCAAAUUUCUAGUCAAGACUAUCCUGGUGAAGGCUCGACAAAAAUGUAUAACGAUGAAAAUGUCGAGAUAAAACAGGGUAGUAGUGAAAAUUGUGCUAGUGUGGAUGGCCAGAGAGAAAGCACAAUUUGUGACAACGAUAAAGCUAAUGAAGUAUCUACUGAAAUAAAAACGGAAGUUGGUGAUGUUAAAGAAGAAAAUGGUGAGAUAGAGAACAAGCAGAAUGGAACUUGCUCAGAAUUGAAUCAAGGAAAUUUAAAUAACGGGGUAAAUGAAAAUAUAAUGAAUUUUGAGAUGAAUGAAAAAGUUGUAGAAAAAUUAAAUCCGAUGUUUAUGAAUAUAGGAAAUAUGAUUGAUAUAAAUUAUUAUGAAUAUAUUAUCGAACCUUUUGAUUUUUUUUUUUAUGAUCAAAUAUAUAAUGAAAUAUUUAAUUAUUUAGAAGUAAUGAGAAAUAAUAAUAGAGUAAAUAAUAAUGAUCAUUUAAAUUAUGGUUUCAAUUUAAUUAAAAAUUUACCAUAUCAAUAUUUUCAAUUUAUAGAUAUAUUAUCAAAAGAAAUAUUGAAUGUUAGAGAUUUAAUAUAUCGAAAUAAAUAUAUUAGAUAUAUUUUUUAUUAUAUUUACAAAAAUAUUGAAAAUAAUAAUUUAUUAGAAACUAUUAAUAAGACCUUAUUAAUGGAAAUUAAAAAAGUUUUAUUAUAUAAAGUUCAAAUAAAAUUAAGAUAUAAUAUAUUUAUAACUCGAUUUUUUGAAAAUAAUUAUAAUGUUAUAAAUAAUAAUUGUAUCGAAGAAAAACAUCAAGGUAAAGUCAGUUUCAUAGAUGCAAAAAAGUCAUUGUUUAAUCAGCUUUUUAAUUCAUAUAAUGUUCAUUAUAAUGUGUACAUGAGACAAAUCAAACAAACUCAUGAAACCCGAAAAAGGGUUUUCAAUAUUACUGAGGAACGAUUUACAGAUAUUCGAAAAAAAAUGGAUAUAUACCUUAACUAUUUAGAGCACAAGCAGGUUGAAAAAGAUAAAGAAGAUGAAGAAGAAGAAGAAGAAAACACUUCUCAAACUUCUGCCAAUUUAAAUGACAAAUCUGGUGAGUCCAUAAAAAUGUACAAUGAGGAGUUGCCAGAAAAUGAGCAUGAGAUAAAAAAACUUCAAUUUGAUGUGUCAAGAAAAUAUAUACAAUUUUUAUAUGAAAAAAAUUAUUUACUUAUUAUAAAUAGUGAGAAAAAUAAUUCUCGUAAAUUAAAAGUAGGAUAUAUAAUUAAAGAUAAAUUAAAAGAAAAUGAUAAUUUAGUAAUAAUAACAUCUAUAUUAAAUAUAAAUAAAUGGAAAGAUUUAUUUUAUUCUUUCAAACAUAUUUCUAUUUAUAAUAAUGAAGAAAAUAUGAUUGAAAAUAAAGUAACUAACCAAGAUAGUAAUCUUAUUAUAUGUAUAGAUUUUGUUCCUAAAACUUUACAUAUACCUUGUGAAAAUAUAAUAUUAGAUAUUUGUCAUUUUAAUAUAUUAAAUCAAAUAAAUGUUUUAAAUGAUCUUCGAUUUUUAAAUUUUCAAAAAAAAAUUAUUAUACUAAAUGAUAUUCCCGAUAAUUGGAAUUUUAUCUUGGCAUUAUUCUUAUUAGCCAUCAUUCCAAUCGACAGUUCGAUUGCCAACAAAUUUGAGACCGCCUAUGUUGAUGAAGAAGACAAAAGGGUUUUGAGUACCAUCAUGAAAAAUUUUAUAACCAAGUUUUUCAUAUUCCAUCGGGAAAAAAGUCAAGUUAGAAAUGUUGCAAGUGGUGAAAAGGCCGGAGUGUUUAGACGGUGCUUCCUUAUCACCUACAUGAGUGGAAUUCAAAAAAUAAUUUAUGACAAUGUUGAAGAAAAUAAUAAAGAUAGCACAUGUAUACAUCCUUUACUUUUAUUAGAUGAAGAAUGCUUUAAUUUAAAAGAUUUUAAUAUAUCUGAAAAAUUUGAUUUACUUAAAAAUAUUAUUAAAAAAAUUUCAUUUUUAAAAAAAAAAAUACUUAUUUGUUAUUUUGGAGAAGAUAAAUUAGAAAAGUUAAUAAAAAUGUUAUUAUAUCUUCAUUCCUUAAAUGAUAUAUCAAUUGUUUUUGCAAAAAAUAUAGAUAUGAUUAAUGAAACAGUAAAUAAUGAUACAAACACUUUUGAUGUAGUUAUUAUUAUUAAUGAACAUACUCAAAUUUUAAAUAAUUCACAAAUAAUGGAAAAUUUUGAAAAAAAAAAAGUUACUUUAUAUUUUUUAAUAUCUGCUUUUACAAAAGAAGAACAAAAUCUUACUAUAGAAAGUCAAUGUAUAAAUGAUAAAGAACUUUUCUUUUUUAAUAAAAAUAAAACAAAAUUAAUGGAUCUUGAAGAAAAUGAUGCUGAACUGAUGUAUAAAUAUUAUAUUAAUAAUAUGAUAUCUGAAACAGAUGAACAAUUUUUAUUAUUUAAUAUUAUUGAUCAAAAGGAACAAAUUUAUUGUAAUAGUAGUUACAAUGAAAUGGUAGUUCCAACAUGCUUUGUGAAUAACCUUGUCAAUUCAGAAACAAAUUCCCAUCAUUCAGAAUAUUGGCAAGAUAUAAAAAAUGCUCACAACUUUUGGAAUUUCAACAAUUUUAAUAAAGAAAAAAUAGCUUUUUAUUUGGACAAAAAAAAUACAUUAUACAAUAAGUAUAAAAACGAAGUUUAUUGCAUUUCUGAGAAUACCAUAGCCCCUCCACAGAUUUACUACUAUUUAAAUAACCCAAUGAAUGAAAAAAAUACAUUUAACAAUUGCCUAUCAUUGGCAUUAGAUGAAAUGAUUGAAGAACUUAACAGAAGAAGGGAACUCAUCGAAUUUGAUGAAUUAAAAAAAAAUACCUUAAUAAGUAUUAAGGAAAAAACAAAUAAAAAAUAUUUUUCAUCUAUGAGAAAAGUAGAAAAAAUAUUAUCUGAAUUUUUAAAUGAAAAUAAGAAGAAAUCCUUUGAAGAAUUUUUGAAGGGAUGUAAAGGGUAUGGACAAAUACUAAUGAAAUGCAAAGAAAAAUUAUUUGUAACAUUUAACAAGUCAUACAAUAUUCAUUUUAAAAAUUUUGAAAACUUUUGGCUUGAUGAAGAAAAAAAAAGAAAAGAAAAAUGGCAAGAAUUAUGGGAAUUAAAUGAAAAAAAUAUUGCAAAUAAAGAUGACCCAAACAAUACUAAUAUAAACAAUAUUUUUAAUAAUGUAAAUAAAGAUCCAAAUGAAAUGACAGAUAAUAUGGCAAAUCCUAAUAUAAAUAAAAUGAAAUCAGAUAUGAAUUCCCUUGAGAAGAAAAACUUCCGAAUUAGACUUUCCUCUCAAUUAUUUGAUGAAAAGGAAUUCGAUAAGCUUUUUAUUGAAAGAAAAAAAAUAUGCAUGUCCACAGAGGAUGGCCAAAAAGAAGAUAAAUCCUUUUCAUGUGAUGAAAAAAAGGAUGCAGACAAAAAAACUUGCUUAUAUAUAGAAAGAGAAAAUGGUAAUCAGGAGGAAGAACAACAAGCAUAA